AAAAUUCAAUAUUUGUAUUUCCUUGUCGCUCCAACGUUUAAUGCAAAUUACUUAAUUUGUAAAGAAAUGGAACCACUUUCACUACAUCUUCUAUGCGUUGUUGAGGUAACAUCUGGAUGGCAGGAUGUCAAUAUUGUAAAAUUGCUCGACUGGACGUGUGAGAUACUUCUAUGAAAAAAUGCGAAAGUAAUUUCUAGUAAUUAUAGUUUUUCAUCUUGGUAAAAAGUGGUUGUAAUAUUCAUGUACCUAGUUCUUACAGCUUCCUUGAGACGAUAGGUACCUAGGUACUUGUAAAUAGAGGUACUGCACUACGAUUCCUACCAGUAACGGUCCAGAUACGUUCCGAUCGGUUAAUUUAUUCAUAAGCAAAUGUUGCUCGCGUGGAAAAUGGAGUGGAGAUCGAAUAGGCAUGUAGCAGUAGUUUUAGUACCGGAAUAGAAAUGGCAGUCGCGCAUUCCUGGUUUCAAAGCUGGCAACCACCAACAGGGCUCAUAACCGACACUCGACACAUACACACCAUUCACCCCCAACCACAUGGUAAUCGUCAACGCGCGAAUUACCACCAUGGUUCUUCUCCCAACAUUAUAGGAUUCCUUCCAUACCUAGCGUCGCUUGGUGUAAUGUCACCAGGCUUAAAAGACGAUUCGCACGUAAAUUACAAGGCGCCGACAGAACCAAACCUCCUGGAAUCAACAGGACCUCUAAAGACCCGCUACCUAUGGAAACAGGUCGAUUUCGCCUAUCCAUCUGAGGAAGACAGGCAGAAUGCGAUUGAAAGUGGCGAAUUUGUACAAAAAAAUAAUCUCCCGCUAGGUAUUGAGAUUGAUAAGGAUCGAAUAUUUGUAUCGUUUCCGAAAUGGAAAGAUGGAACGCCGUGCACCCUCGCCACAAUACCAAAAUCCUCGAACGAAAUAUCGCCCCCAUUUGAACCGUACCCGAACUGGGAUUGGCACAACAAAGGCACGUGCGAGGGGUUGGUCUCAGUCUACCGGAUGCAAAUUGAUCAAUGCAAUCGUCUGUGGGUUUUGGACUCGGGCCAGAUUAACGUGAUCGUUAAGCCGGAGCAGGCGUGCCGUCCCAAGAUUGUGAUUUUCGAUCUGGCGACCGACAAUCUGAUUUUGCGCUACGAACUGCCGGACGAGUUCAUUAAGCAGGACGGUCUCUUCUCCAAUCUCGCGGUUGACAUUCAAAAGAAUCGGUGCGAUGACGCCUACGCGUACGCCGUCGACGUCUGGCGGUACGGUCUGGUCGUGUUCAGCUUGAAAGAGCGGAGAAGUUGGCGUCUGACGGAUCACCUCUUCUAUCCGGAUCCUCUAGCGGCCGCCUACGAGUUGCACGGGCUGAAAUUCGAGUGGACCGAUGGAAUUUUUUCUUUGGCGCUCAGCCCCGAUCUGUUCGACAAGGAAGACCGUCUGCUCUAUUUUCAUCCAUUGUCGAGCUUUCGAGAGUUUUAUGUUAAAACAUCGUCGAUUAAGAACGAAACCGAGUUCAACACCUUAAAACGGCAGGUGAGGACAAUCGGAGAGAGUCGAGGGAAGGAUGGCCAUGCUUCAUCUUCUGUCAUAGAUAGGAAUGGGGUUAUGUUAUUCAGUUUGGUGAGUAAGGACUCUAUCGCAUGUUGGGACUUGAGGAAGCCUUACCGACGGAGGAAUUUAGCAACCGUUGCUAAGAGCAAUAUUACCUUGGUAUUCCCAAAUGAUUUGAAGCUUGAUAAGGAGCAUAAGCAAAGCGUGUGGGUACUCUCUAAUCGUUUGCCAUUCUUUUUGUAUAGUAAUUUAGGUGAAAAUGAUUAUAACUUUAGGAUAAUGUCAGCGUUGGUCAAUGAGGCGAUAAGGGACACUAUUUGUGACCCCAGUGUUGUUUAUGAAGAUACCUAUAGCUCAGACCGUGAUCAUUCCAACUGUUACUAAGCGUUCAGGCAAGGUUGUCUGUGUAUGUGCGGUCAACCAAUUGUACAUAUGUAUGUAAUUAUAUUAUUUAACUGUGCAAUAAAAAUUGAAAUCGCAAUAUA